CUUUCGUUUAUGUCACCCCCGCGCACCCCUUGUUUUGUUUCGGCUGCUAAAUGAGCCUUUUUCGUGGCAGUGGUAUUUCUGCGGUGCUUCUGGAGCAUGGAAAUGAUGUCUCAAAUGGGUUGAUCUGCCCUUUCUGCCGUGGCUGCAGCGGGCCGGCUUGGCUGGCUUCGGACUGUGAUAUUCUGUCAGUUUUCAGUUCUCUGUGUGUGACAUUCCUGCAUAUUAUGCACAUUCGCUGAUCCAUUAGAGUUCAGGCCAGAAAACAGUUUGGGAGUGACUAGACCUUGGACGUGUGUUGAAGAUAAUUUCAGAGAAUUUAAUCUGUAUGUUGAGUACCUUUUAUUUCUAAACUGCCCCUAAACAGGCAAUGUUUUGGUGUAAUAUUUAACGGCAGUUGAUCUGGUCUUUACACAGUUUAGGCCUCGUUUAUUUUUUGUUUUUAAUAAAAGGCUUUAGUUUUUAGAGCAGUUUUAGGUUCACAGCAAAAUUGAAGAGAAAGUACAGGGUUUCCCACUUACCUUGCCCGGCAUCCCCCCUGCCCAAGUGGUACAUUUUCUGCAGUCAUUGAGCCCACGUUGACACAUCAUGGUUCCCUAAGCUCAUGAUUCACAUUUGGGUUUGUUCUUGGUGCCCAAAAGUCCUCUGUUAGACCUAGAUUUUACAUUUUUCUUUACAUAGCAAGUUGAAUCAUUGUCUUGAGAAUGUUGGAGGUACUUCUGCUUUGGUUGUAGUUUACUAAUUUGUAUUUGGAUUAAUGCUACCUGUGUGUGGGAACAGGUUCCAGGGUAAGGUGAUGACUUGGUUAAGAGGCAAACUGAGGUAUGGGCAUGAAAACUCAUGGGCAGUCCUGGGGUAUGUAAUGGAUACCAGAGCCAUACUUAAAACACUCACCUGUGCUAGGAAAAGCAAAGUGUCCUAGCUGACUUGACAGGUUUGGGAUGAGGCCCUGGUGUCUGUUCCUACAGACGGAUCUGUGCAGCCAAGGUUAGGAACUCUGGAUCUAGAGUGCCCCUGACUACAGCCUUAGGGAGGGGGAUUAGUUACUGCUCUGAGUCUUGAGUGACCUGAAGGGCUGCCUUGGUUCUAGAAGUUUCUAGGUAGUAAUUCCUUACAUCGUAUAAAUACAAACCAAUCAGGCUACAUCUGACUUUAUCAUUGUGUUGUAAUUGGUUUAGAAAGAGAUUUGCUUUUCCCUUUAGUUAGAAACUAUGUAUUUAAGUUUACCUGUGGCAGAACAAGUCUGUAAGGUAUUAUGUUUAUAGUGGUAAGGUUUUUUGUGUGUGUGGUUUUUUUUUUUUUUUUUUUUUUGGAAGACAAGAGUCUCAAGCUGUCACCCUAGGUAGAGUGCUGUGGUGUCAUAGCUCACAGCAACCUCCAACUCUUGGGGUCAAGUAAUCCUCUUUCCUCAGGUUUUUUUUCCUUCUAUUUUUAGUAGAGACAGGGUCUGGCUUUUGCUCACGCUGGUCUUGAACUUGUGAACUCAGGCUAUCCACCAGCCUUGGCCUCCCAGAGUACUAGGAUUACAGGCAUGAGCCACCAUGGCUGGCCUAUAGUGGUGAGUUUCAGUGUUAGUUGAAUUUGUCACUGAAUAUUAACAACUUCCGAAAGGGCCGGAGUCAUAGUCUCUGAAACCUGACUGUUUUUCAGGAGCAGAUAGAGACAGAAGCAGUGAGCCUUCUAGUUGUAGGUCAGCCAGUUGUGAAUCUGUGUAGUGGAGAGUUGACCUGAUGCUUGCUGUUCUUGAAGUUUUGUGUAUAAAUAUUUGUCCAGUGAUUACUCAGCAAAAGUGAAUCUUCCCCAAAAUAAACAUGAUGUUCCUUGUUUGCAACCAGUUCUGCCCUGAUAAGGGAUUUGAUUGUUAAUUUAGCUUUUAAGUGAGUCCUCAAGUGGAGGGAGUAUUUCUUAGUGAAAGGGGGGCAGUAAUGAUCUGCACCCUCCGGUGUGUGAAGGAGGUAAAGAGUCUGCACAGGGAAGGGCUUAGCACUGCUCACUCCUCUCCUGGAACCUGGGGCCCCAACAUACUGCACUUCUCCAAGCCAGAGCCAGGUUUCCUUGGCAGUGCCGCCUAGAAGGCUCCUGCAGUAGGGUGCCAUUGCAGUUAGUUUUCCUCACCCCUUGAAACCACUAGUUAGCUCUCUAUCAUUUAGAAUUAAUUGCAUUUCCUAGAAUUGUAGGUAAGUGGGAUCACAGUAUGUGCCCCUUUUUUGCCUUUUUAAAUUCACUCAGUAUGAUUAUUUUGAAGUUUCUCUAUGUAUAUAUCUAUAGUUCAUUUCUGUUGCUGUGUAGUAAUCCAUCAUGUGCCUCUACCAUGAUUUGUUUAUCCAUUCAGCUAUUGGAUAAAUUCACGAAGUGAUACUAUUUUAACUUGCUUAUGUCCCACAGCAGUUGAGAGUGGAGGAGAGGGAGGAACUGGGCAACUUAGCAGGUUGGUCUGGGUGGGGGUUGUCUUGCAGAGGUCAAGCACUAGCUCCUGGUGCGCUUGGUUGGUCAGAGGUGGUUAAGACAGUGUUUACUGUUGUCUCCUGGUUAGGGUGGGUCACCUUGUCUCUGUAGAUGUCUCUCUGCCAGGACAGAGAGGUAGCCCGUUUUUCAGGCCUGUUGUAUAAUUGGCACGUGAAGUCAGUAAAUCUCUGUGGCUUUGGGAUAACUUUGCCAGAGUGGCUUUGGUGCCACCAUCUGGCCUUGUGGGGCCUCAGUGUUGGCAGCAGUAUUUGCAGAUUUACUUUUAAAAAUUUGGUGUGGUCGAGAGCCCUGCCUAGGUGGCAGUGAUCACAGUGUCCACCAUCAGAACUGCUGUUCCUGGUGUCUGCCCUUCACUCUGCCCCAGUUCCACAAUGUUCCUGUGGCCUCCACACCACCUGCCCUUUCACCUCUCAGAAAAUGUCUCUCUGCCAGGACAGAGAGGUAGCCCGUUUCCUAAUGGAGCUGCUGCGGCACAGGCAGCUGUGCUUCGUCAGUUCAGGUGUUGUCUUUGGAAUGACUCUUUCUGAAGCAGUGGGGCUUCCAGUCCUCUCCCGAACGCAGGCACCAGCAGCCCUGUCCAGAUACAUGUCCCAGGGCAAACAUGUCGAAGCCCGAGAGCUCAUGUACUCAGGAGCGCUGCUGUUCUUCAGCCAUGGCCAACAAAACAGUGCUGCGGAUUUGUCCAUGCUGGUCCUGGAGUCCCUGGAGAAGGCGGAGGUGGACGUGGCAGAUGAUCUGCUGGAAAAUCUGGCUAAAGUGUUUAGUUUGAUGGAUCCCAAUUCUCCAGAGCGAGUGGCCUUUGUGUCUAGAGCCCUGAAGUGGUCCAGUGGAGGCUCUGGGAAGCUGGGCCACCCUCGGCUCCACCAGCUGCUGGCCCUCACCCUAUGGAAAGAACAAAACUAUUGUGAAUCUCGGUAUCACUUUCUACACUCUACUGACGGAGAAGGCUGUGCCAACAUGUUGGUGGAAUACUCCACCUCCAGGGGCUUCCGUAGCGAGGUGGACAUGUUUGUCGCCCAGGCUGUCCUACAGUUUCUCUGUUUAAAAAACAAAAACAGUGCAUCAGUGGUCUUCACAACAUACACACAGAAGCACCCAUCCAUUGAGGAUGGGCCUCCCUUCGUAGAGCCCCUGCUUAAUUUCAUCUGGUUUCUACUGUUGGCUGUGGAUGGUGGCAAGCUGACAGUGUUCACGGUGCUGUGUGAGCAGUAUCAGCCAUCUCUCAGGAGGGACCCCAUGUACAACGAGUACCUGGACAGGAUAGGACAGCUCUUCUUCGGGGUGCCACCCAAGCAGACGUCUUCCUACGGAGGGCUGCUAGGGAACCUCCUCAGCAGCCUCAUGGGCUCCUCAGAACAGGAGGAAGGAGAGGACAGCCCCGAUGACAGCAGCCCCAUCGAGCUAGACUGAUGCUGCCCUGGCCUGCACAGAGACACCACAGUCCACAGCUCAAGAAAAGGUUGCAGAUGGAGUCCCAGAACGUGACUCCUCACACCCACAGGCUCCUGGCUCUGAGGCUGGCGGUAGCUGCGUGUGCGGUGUCUGUCUCUAUUUAUGUGUGGUGGCUGAGGGCGGCGUGGCCUGCCUGUCGCUGUGGCUGGGACCAGAGAGAGGCCCUGGGCUUCUGCCGUGUUCCCUGGAGAUUGACCCACAAUAAAGCACAGGCCUUGCUGCCGCGUCACCCUCUCCCAGUCCUUUGUUUCUGGUUCCUUUGGGGAGGGCCAAGGGGUGACACAGGAGGCCUGUCCUCAGGGACUGGGCAAUUGCGUUUCUAGCACCUGGUAUCCAGAGCAGCCCAUGGGAGGCUGGAGGCUGGAGACGGCUGUGGCCACUCAGGCACAUGAACCCAGCUGGGCCUUCUGUGAUCUUCAAACUCGAGCCGUUUUCUUUUUUAUCUUGUUUUCUGUUUGAACACGGGAUGGCUCUGUAAUCCUGGUGUGCUUGUCCCUGUUGCAGAUAAGCUCAUGCGUGCUGUGCGUCAUCUUGGGAGGUGGGCAAGUGGUUGGCCAAGCCAGUGCCCAUGUGGUACUUGAGGCUGUGGCCCAGCCCACUGGGGUCUGGUGUGGAUCCCGAAGCCACAUUCUGCUGGUCUCUGUGAGCACCAAGUUGCUGCUCUAGAAAUGCUGUUUUAUAAAAAGGGAUGCCACAGGACUUUCAUGAUGCAAUAUUCAUUUGUAUUGGGUGAUUGAUCCUUUGACCUAACAUUAGGUUUUAACCAAAUAAGCAGUCCAGGAAUUAGCAAAUCUGUCCUUUAUCAUUGAUGCUAUUCCAGAUGUUAUCAGUAUAAUUAUAAGAUGGGAAACAUUUUAUUUUUUCACGAUUAAAGUGAAAGUUGUAGAUUAAUAUGCAGUGAUCAUGCGUGGGCUGGAGGGAGAUGUGCGACUUUACUCACUGUAAAAAUGAAAUUUAAAGGAAGGUUUGUGUCAACUGUGGAUCAUAAAUAAAUCCUUUAUACUGGG